UGAUAACUUGUCUCGUGCAUGCAUCGAACAUGAAAAGGGAGACAUUAUGGAAAUGUCUGGAUUCUGGAAGGAUGCCUGUGCGAUUUGAGACUUGACUCUCGUGUCGCCCAAAGCAGAGUAAAGAGAGGGAGGGACAGAGGAUGUAACUGGAGCUGAGCUUUGCAGCUGAGCGAUCCAGUUUGGUGGCUUACCUUGUUCCUCUUCGCACCUUAAUGAACACCUAGGCUGUAUUGAUCGCUGAAUGUUUAAAAAGCAAAAAUACUGUGACCAUCAUCAACAACGUUGUCUCAAGUCCCUGCGAAAAUGCAUCAUCAUGAGAGCUGUGCGCCCAUAUCUUAGAAAAACAAUUGUGAGCCAAAUUGGUAUCACACCUCAAGUAAGUGAAUGAUCCUCAGCAACAGAAUUGCUACAUUUUUCAUCUGGAAGCCACGAGGGAGUGUACCUAAUCACCCAAGGCAACGUUCAAUUGUGACGGGAAGUAUGACCGUCUUGUCCCUUAAAUGAAAGUAAAGUAUCAAGAAGAAUAGCCAUGCACAACCCCGCCGCCGAAAUAGUCUCAGGACACCUUGGUGGACUUGUUGUGGAUAAAGAUGCCACUCCAGAGACGACAUUGGGGAGCGCCUAUUCUCCAGUGGACUAUAUGAGCAUCACAAGCUUUCCCAGGCUGCCAGAGGAGGAUAUGCUGUCCGGGGACAACUCCCUAAAAUGUCGCAAAGAUGAGGACAACAUCUUGGGCGAGCAAGAGACGGACCCAGAUGUGUUUUUGAAGUCUGCUCGUCUCCAGCGUCUACCGUCCUCAGCCUCUGACCUGGCCUACCAUGAUGCCGUAUCUCUGAGGGAGACCAACAGAGAUCCAUUUACGCAAGACUGUGCCUGCCAGCGGGAUGGACUGACAGUCAUCAUCACUGCCUGUCUCACCUUCGCCACAGGAGUCACUGUAGCUCUCAUCAUGCAAAUCUACUUUGGAGACCCCCAGGUCUUUCACCAGGGAGCAGUGGUGACAGAUGUGGCUCGGUGUACAUCUCUUGGGUUUGAAGUUUUAGGGAAGCAAGGGUCCAGUGUUGAUGCUGCCAUUACUGCUGCCCUCUGUUUGGGGAUUGUCCACCCACACACCUCUGGUUUAGGAAGCGGGGGAGUCAUGUUGGUGCAUGACAUCCGGAAGAACGAGACAAGAGUCAUUGACUUCCGAGAGACAGCGCCAUCUGCCAUUCGGGAAGAGCUGCUACAGACAAAUCUUGAGCUGAAUCCGGGUUUGCUUGUUGGAGUACCAGGUAUACUGAGCGGGAUGCAUCAGGCACACCAGCUUUAUGGCAGAUUACCGUGGAAGGACGUGGUUACCAUGGCAGCAGAUGUGGCCAGAAAUGGAUUUAAUGUCACACAUGACUUGGCUGAAGCUCUAGCUAAUGUUAGAGACCAGAACAUUUCGGCUGCAUUUCGGGAUCUCUUCCUCCCCAAUGGCCAGGCUCCACUCUCUGGGUUGUUGACCAGACGCCUUGAUUUAGCAAGCAUCUUGGAUGCUGUUGCAGUUAAAGGGAUAUCAGAGUUCUACAGUGGAAACCUGACGCAUGAAAUGGUUGCUGUGGUGCAAGCAAGUGGUGGAGUGCUUACCGAAGAUGACUUUGGUAACUACAGCACUGUCCUACAGCAACCAACCCACAUCAACUAUCAGGGACACCAUGUGAUGGUGGCUCCAGCCCCUCAUGCAGGUAUCGGCCUGAUCACUGCCCUCAACAUCCUGGAAGGUUACAACAUUACCAACCAAGUGCCCAGGAACAGCACUUAUCAUUGGACUGCAGAGUCUGUGAAGAUAGCUCUGGCCCUGGCAAGUGGCCUGGGAGACCCCAUGUUUGACAAUUCAGUCUCAGAAACAGUCACCAAGAUGUUGAGCAAACCACACGCGUCUUUGCUCCGCCAAAUGAUCAACGACUCUCAGGCGUUUCCUGCCAGCCAUUACGUGCCAUCAUUUAGUUUGGAGGAGGAUGCAGUAGCUGCCCGGGUCAUGGUCAUGGGCCCAGACGACCACAUUGUCGCCGUAGUAAGCUCCCUAAAUAAACCAUUUGGCAGUGGGAUAGUGACUCCUUCUGGGAUCCUUUUGAACAGCCAAAUUAUGGCCUUCUCUUGGCCUAAUAAAACAGAAAGCCCCAUACCCAACCCUCAUAACAGCCUCCAGCCUGGGAAGAGACCAUUGUCCUUCUUAAUGCCCACAGCAGUGAGACCAGCCAUCGGGUUGUGCGGUACAUACAUGGCGGUUGGAUCCUCCAAUGGAGCAAAAGCUCUUAGCGGCAUCACACAGGUGCUGCUGAAUGUUCUGUCCUCGCGUAAAAACAUGAGUGACAGUUUAGCGCAUGGUAGACUCCACCCACAGCUGGAGCAAGACACCCUCCUGGUUGACUCUGAAUUUCUAGAUGAAGAUGUUGAGCUGCUGCAGGCCAAAGGUCACAAAGUUGAGAGGAUAGAUGUUUUGUCAUUGGUGGAGGGCACCCGGAGAACUAAUGACCUUAUCAUUGGCGUGACAGAUCCCCGUAGUGCUGAUGCCUCAGCCCUGACUAUGUCCAAGACUUAAUAGUCUUAAAACACUGCUGAUUCAUUUAAGACUACAAGGGUGUGCAGUUUGAAAAUAUUUGUUAUUUGUCGCUGAGACAGAUAGAUUUUAAUUUACUUAUUAUAGUUCAGCCCCUAAAUUCUACAAGUACUGUUGGAAUGAUCUGUUCUUCCUCACACAAUGCCAUUCAUCAUGGGCUGCUGAACAGAUACAAGAAUACAAAGCUACAAAAUGCAUUUAUGAAUUCAGAUCGGGUGCAUUUCAGUUCAUCUGAAAGUAAUUCAUAAUGAUUUUGUGUGUGUGUGUGUGUGUGUGUUUGUGCAGAUAUGAAGUAUUGAAGUAAAUACUAGUACACUCAACACAAAUAUAAUCGCAACACUUGUUUUUGCUCCCACCUUCAAAAGAUUUAAAACGUUUUCUGGGUAAACAAAAACCUAUUUCAAUAUGGCAUAGCAAGGUGCUGAUUAAACAGCGUGAUUGUUGCACAGGUGUGCCUUACGCUGGCCACAUUAAAAGGCCAGGAUUAUCUUUACAAAGGAGUAAUGCUCACUAACACAUUUAGACACAUUUGUGAACAAUGUUGGAGAGAAAUAGGCCUUGUGUGUACAAAAGGUUUUAGAUAUUUGAGUUCAGCUUAUAAAAGGUGGGAGAAAAAGUGUUGCGUUUCUAUUUUUGUUGAGUGUAUAGAUCCAGCAUCCAUGUUGUACAUUGCUUUGCCUGCACAUUUGCAUUUUAAUAAGCUAAUAAUAUUCAAGCAGGUGAUUUGUUAUUGUUGCACCUGUGGAUGACCAUACAAGAGCAAACUGAUUGUCUUCAAUGGUUAGAUGAUGAUUGGCUCACAUACAAAAGCUGUGAAAAGUGAAAGUGUUAGCUGUGAAAAAUUGACCUGUUAUUCACAGAAAUGACUGCAGAAAUAUGGGUAGUGAUGAAUGAUGGUCGACUGAGUGUAUGUACUGUAGAUGUACAGUGUAAUUUAAGAAAUGUACUUGUGUUUACAGUUGAUGGAUUAGAGCAUUGUUUGAUGCAUUUACUGUAAUAUGUCUAUUUUUAUAUUAAAUAUAUAGUAGACACUCUUCCUUUACCACAGAUUUUUGGAAAAGGUUGUGUUGAUUCCUUCUUGGACAUGUUGAUUUGUGCAAGUGUAAACGUGAUGUUCCUCAACGUAACCUGUUCUGAUCGUAAUUACCGUACUAUUAAAUGAACUGCCUCCAGUGGUGAGUAAUGGUGCAAUAUGACAUUUGAUGCUUGUUUUGUUUUCUGUAGAUUGCCAUGCACACUUUUGCACAAUAUCUGAUCUUUGAUUUCAUGUGAAUUGUUACUGAAAUAAACAUAAUCCACCCUUCCACAACCAAUA